GGGAGCUAGCCUGAGUCGGGCGAGCACUCUUUCCCCCGCUCUGCGCUGCACCGGGAGCAGGUCUGAGGGCUUCUGCUGCCCUUCUGAGGGGACGGGGGAGGGGUUUCGGCUGCUGGAGAAAGACGGCCGCCCAUCCACCCGAGGCUCCCAGAAAAGGCGGGCAAAGCCGUCAAGGGAAAGCCGACUCCGCGAGGAAAGGCACUUUGAACCCGGGUCUCGGAGCUGGGAAGGACCGAGCGAGGGAGCGACUGUUUCCGGACGCAACGCCUCCGUCCCGCGGGUUUCUCGUUCACCCCUUUGCUGUCAAGCUUUUGGUGGCUUUCCCGCCCCUGGACUUUUGCCUCCGCCUCAGGGCACGUCGGGCAGCCCUGCUUAGAUGCGCUCCCCGGGUGGAAGUGCGCGGGAGGGCGCUUGGCCGGGAUGCGGGCGGCAGCUUUUGCCAUUCAGCCCGCGACGCGCCCGGGGAGGCGGCCGGUGUGAGGAACUCUGACGGGAGAAAGAGGUCCUGGAGCCGGACGGGCGGGGCGGGAAUACGCCGCCGCCAAAGCCGCUGCGACUGCCACCCUUGCGCUGAGCGGAUGAUCCGACGCCAGCUCACCCUGACCUAGCGCGCCUGCUUGGGACCCCGCCCGCCCCCCCCCCCGUCCUCGGGCAAAGAAGGGUCCGGAGGCUACGUGUGAAGAGCAGUUCCGAGAAGGACACGCCAACCUGCCGCUUCAUCAGGCCCUGGCCUGAAUCCCACCUACCCCCCCUCCCCAUCCCUUCCAGUCCCAUCCAGGCGGAUGAGUGAAAACGGUACGAUCCGGGCGAAAGCUGCCGUCUGAAGAAGCCAGCCAGCGAUUUGGAGAAGUUACACGCGGACUGGCUCGCCGGGAGGCAGGGAGACUUAUUUGUGGCCUCUUUUUUUUUCCUUUUAAAUUCCUCUUCCCCCCCUCCCCCGGCAGAACUGGAAGAGGUGAGGGGGAGAGGAAGGGAUCCGGAGAAUGGAAGGAGACAAAGUGGCCGAAAGUGGCUCUGCGUGUUGAAAUACCGAGCCAAGUCGGCCGAGAUGGAAUCGUAACGGAGCGGGAGGGCGCUUUCUCUGCGGCACUCUGGAGAGUUUGGGUUGCGCGCUCUCUGCGUGGAUCGGGGCUCCGCGGGGCUGGCCGAAGGGCGGGAAGCGGCGCAAAGGCUGCGGAGCUCACAGGUCUUUCCCCUCCUCUCCAGAGGGAGAGACGCGAGAGCGGCCGGCGCUUCUGCCUCUCCAGGCCCCCCCUGCCUUUUACCUUUUGUAUGAGUGGGAUCGGGAAAUCGCGCAAGCGGAUCCGACGCCCGGCCUCUCCUUCCCGUACCCCUUUCCCCGGUUUGCCUCCGGAUUGAUCCCCGGCGACGAGGGGCGCAAACUUCUUUUCUCCACGAAAACAUUUUGCCCCAUCUUGAAAAAGUAGCUCGCCGUGUACACACGGACUCCCCAGCCCGCUCCCCAGCCCCCCAACUCGCCCCACCUCACCGCACCCCCACCCAAUGCUACCGGAUGCUGCAGGCGGAUUUGGAAAUUGGAAGCGAUGCAAGUCCGAUAAGGUUGGAGUUUCCCUUUGGGAUCUGAAGGAGGAUCGCUAGGUGGUUCCUUAAGGAAGCGGGGCUGCAGGAUGAAUAAAAGAUACUUGCAGAAAGCAACAAAAGGGAAACUGCUAAUAAUAAUAUUUAUUGUAACGUUGUGGGGAAAAAUUGCAUCAGGGGCAAACCAUCACAAAGCUCAUCAUGUUAAAACUGGAACUUGUGAAGUGGUGGCACUCCACAGAUGCUGCAAUAAGAACAAGAUAGAAGAAAGAUCACAGACAGUCAAGUGCUCCUGCUUUCCUGGGCAGGUAGCAGGUACCACUCGAGCAGCUCCUUCUUGUGUUGAUGCUUCAAUAGUGGAGCAAAAAUGGUGGUGCCACAUGCAACCAUGCCUUGAAGGAGAAGAAUGCAAAGUUCUGCCUGAUCGAAAAGGAUGGAGUUGUUCUUCUGGGAACAAAGUGAAAACAACAAGGGCAAACGUGUAAAACCCUUCAAGAACCAGGAGAUUUCUGCUGGCCCCGAUGACAGUUUUUGAUUAUACCACACAUACACAAUAUUCUGGCUCCACGCUUGGGGCAAUAGUUGUGAUGAAUCCUAGUCUUGGUCGAAUACUCAGGAAGGGCCGGAAGGUAACUCGGUAGCAAAAGUCACAUCAAAUCAAAUGAAGGAGUGGCAAUAUUAAAUACAGAUAAGAAGGAAAUUUUGAUACGUAACAAUGAUAACUAAACUUAGGCUUGGAAUGGCUGGAAUAGACUAGUUCUUUCAGUGAGAACAUGCACUGUAAUCAACAGCGGCGCGAGAUCAAAACUGUUGGAAAGCUGGACUCAUACGUCUUUCUGUCAUAAAGAUUUCAAUGGAAUGAACUGUGUACAUUUGUAGAAACAGCAAAAACUGCUUAUGGCUAAAGAAGUAGAGAGGUGAUGCUAAAGGGACACCAAAGAAAUCACAGUAUUUUGGAUCCUUGGCUUGAGACUUGAGAUAUAUCACCUCUGUAACAGAAGCUUUUGAAAUAUUCUGACUAAUUUUCUUCAAAACCUUUCUGGUCCUCCAUUCAAAUUACUGGCGGGACGAUGCACUGCUUUAAUCAAAUGAUUGUUCCAGAAAUUGUCCUCUGAUACAGCACAGUUUUAGAUACUUUUUAUUUGUAUACUGAUCCUGAACCACCAAGGCUACAUAUUUCAGCAUAGUAAAGUUGCUUUUCUUACAGGAAUGGGAAUAUAUAUCCAUUAUUAAUCAUUAUUGUUGACAAGUACUAGUUAUUUGAUUACAUCAUUCAUAUACAAAUGUAUUGUUAGUCAGACCUGUUUCCCUAAGGCUUACCAGCUACUUUGACUCCGUGGUCAAAACUGAAUUUUCCUCUUGCCCCCUCCACCUUUUUUUAUGCCAUGAAGAUAUCUGUUUUGCAUAAUUUCAGGAAGAUGGCUGUUCUGUGUAAACAUUUUGAUUUAUUAAACAUUAGGUCUUAAAAAGAUUGUGGUAAAUAAUAAAUGACAGUAGUUAGUCCCUUUAUGAAGGUAGACAGGGAUGCAUGUUAAUUUUUCAGUUCUGGGAUUUAAUGAUAUUCAUUCUGAUGUAUCUUUUAAUUUAAAAAAAAAUAAGUAUCACUUGCUUGGAUGAUAUUACUGUCUGGAUGCUUAAGUAGAUGUCUGCUCAACUCUGUUUAUUAAUAGGAAGAAAAGCAACACUUUUUCUCCAAAUCUGGUAUUCAUUGAUGCUUUUUUGUGGUUCCUCCAGGUACUUCAGAUUCAUUUCAUAGAUCUUUGUUGAACCUAAACUUUUUCUGUCUUCUUUUUUCAAUAUCUAUUUCUUAAUUGGUGAUUAGUUGUUUCAUGGGAAGUCUUUAAAUGUUUAAAUGCCUUAAGCAGCUGUAAACAUUUUUCCUAAGUUAUUACAGAAUGUAUAAUUUUAUAUGCCGUUUGAUAUAUGCCAUGGUACCUGAAAACACAAAGACAUGGAGAGCAGACUGUUUCCUCUGCAUUUCACAUUCAUGCUGCAAAAAUAAGUUGGCCUUAGAGAAGGCAAACACCAAAAUUUAUACUCAUUUGGUUUAUAAGCUGAUAUGAAGACUAUACACACUCAAUCCUAAUAAGAAUACCUGUGUCCAGAACCAGUUGCUUCAAAUGGUUACUAAUAUUUGUAAAAGAAAAAAAAGGAAUUCUUUCAUUAUUGUUACAGAUCACUGACUUGGCUAAUUAGAAAUAAAUUGGGUUCUAUGAUGAAUGAACAGCCUGGGGUACUCUGGUCUGUAACUUUAUGCAAGAUUUUUCCACAUUAACGACAUUAUCUCUCUUGUAAUGUGGCACUGGAUAUAAGAAAACUAACAACUGUGGAGGGGGGAUAUUAAUGUACAGUGUAUCAUUCUGGUACACAGUAACCCAAACUUUUGCAGGAAAGAUAUUCCUUUUCAUAAAACUGUAAUCAGGAGAAAUGGGUUGUACCAUCUUUUAGCUGUCUUGGUAUUUCGGAAGGAUGAGUACUGUAUAGGUUUCAUGUUAAAAGAUGUGUGUAAUGGGGGGGACAUACAAUUUGGAAAGUAUGAUUAAUUUAUUUGCUUGGGAUAGUAAAAAGUAAAAAUGUGUAAUUACGUAGCUGUUAUAAGUUUCACCACAAUUUAGUCAAAAUCAAAAAAAAAGCUCGGUAUUUAUUUCUUUUGCAUUUAUUCUUAAAAAGAACACUGAAAAUAUUGUAUUAUAUACAAGUGUAAGACAUGCAUAUCAAUAGGUGAAAAUAAAUGG